AUGACACCAUGUUGUUGCUCUUUCACUUCUUCAACCUCCAUAUCCAAAUUCAUCUCAGAAAGUCCACACCUCUCCAUGCUAGAAAACCAAUGCACCUCCAUGAAAGACCUUCAAAAGAUCCACGCCCACCUCCUCAAAACUGGCCUGGCCAACGACACCAUCGCCGCCAGCCGUGUAUUGGCCCCUUCUGCCUCCCCACCUGGAGACAUCAACUACGCCUAUAUGGUUUUCAGACACAUCAAAGAACCAAACCCCUUCAUUUGGAACACCAUCAUUAGAGGCUUCUCCGAAAGCCAAAACCAAACUGCAAUCUCUCUUUUCACUGAAAUGCUGGUGGCUUCAGAAACUGAGCCUCAGAGAUGUUACCCUUCAGUUUUCAAGGCUUACGCACAAGAUGGUCUAGCGAAAAAUGGAGCUCAGCUUCAUGGAAGAGUUACAAAAUCUGGCCUCGAAAGACAUAAGUUUAUACGAAACACGAUCAUACACAUGUAUGCAAAUUGUGGGUUUUUGAGUGAAGCAAGAGAACUGUUGGAUGAGGACUUGGAAUGUGACAAUGUUGCAUGGAACUCUAUGGUCAUGGACCCUUCCAAAUGUGGUGAAGUGAGUGAAUCCAAGAGGCUGUUUGAUAAAACGCCUUCGAGGAAUUUGGUUUCUUGGAAUUCGAUGAUUAGUGGAUCUGUUAGGAAUGGGAAGUAUGCAGAGGCAUUGGAUCUUUUCGGCGAAAUGCAGGAGAGGAUUAGGCCUAGUGAGUUUACAAUGGUGAGCUUGUUGAAUGCUUCAGCUCAGCUGGGAGCAAUUGGACAAGGGGAGUGGAUUAUUGAACACAUAAAGAAAAAUGGGAUUGAAACUAAUGGAAUUGUUGUCACAGCGAUUAUAAACAUGUACUGCAAAUGUGGGAGCAUCGAAAAGUCUAUUCAUGUUUUUUAUGCAGCCCCCAAAAAAAGGUUGUCCUGUUGGAACACCAUGAUCAUGGGUCUAGCGGUAAAUGGUUGUGAGGAAGAAGCGAUUGAGCUGUUCUCGAGGCUUGAGUCUUCGAAAUUUAUACCAGAUGGUGUCAGUUUUCUUGGCGUCGUAACAGCAUACUAUAGUUCCAUGGUUAAUGUGUUAGGCAGGGCGGGACUUCUUGAAGAUGCAGAAGAGAUUAUAGAUAACAUGCCGGUAAAAGCAGACGCCAUUAUUUGGGGGUCAUUGCUCUCGUCUUGUAGGAAGCACAAAAACAUUAAGAUGGCAAAACAAGCAGCAAAGCGUGUGAUUGAAUUGGAUCCAAAUGACAGCUGCGGUUAUGUGCUUAUGUCGAAUAUCUAUGCUGCUUCCAGCCAAUUUCACGAAGCAAUAAAGGAAAGGCUUUCGACGAAGGAGCAGUAGAUAGAGAAAGAACCAGGAUGUAGUUUGAUCGAAGUGGACAGGGAGGUUCUUGAGUUUAUAGCCAGUGGAAGACUGCAUCAAAAAGCGCGAGAGAUCUAUUCUUUGCUGGAUGAGUUGGGGUUUAUGAUGCUGGAAAUGGGGUAG